UCUCUUAACCGUUCCGACAAAUAAAACUUCUUCAAAUAACAGUGAUUGUAGUGAUAUCUAUCUCUCACACUCAUCACCCGUCAUGACGAUGCUCACCGUAUUCUUCUCAGCAGCGAUUGUAACGACCAUCGCAGUCCUUGCCUCCUUAAGCAGCCAAAAAGGUUCGGGAAUCUUCGCACCGCCUAAAAUCGCCGGCUCGCGUGAUGUUUUCCCGUCGGCGAAGGUUGUUAACCUCACCGGAGCCUCCGGUCCGGAGAGCGUAGCUUUCGAUCCGUCGGGCGAAGGUCCGUACGUUGGCAUCUCCGACGGUCGUGUCUUGAAAUGGCGCGGGGAAUCGUCUGGAUGGGCAGAUUUCGCCUACACAUCGGCUAAUAGGCAGAUGUGUGUACGCCCGUUUGCACCAGAGUUGGAGCAUGUGUGUGGAAGGCCAUUGGGAUUGCGUUUCGAUCAGAAAACCGGUGACCUUUACAUCGCGGAUGCAUACUUCGGCCUAAUGAUUGUUGGUCCUUCUGGUGGUUUAGCCAAACCCUUGGCUAUUGAAGCUGAAGGGAAACCGUUUCGUUUCACCAAUGAUCUGGACAUCGAUGAGCAUGAAGAUGUGAUUUACUUCACAGACACCAGCACCACAUUCCAGAGAAGGCAAUUCUUGGCUGCUGUUUUGAACGUGGAUAAGACAGGGAGGCUGAUGAAGUACGACAGAUCGAGCAAGAAAGUGACGGUUUUAGUACAAGGCAUUGCGUUUGCGAACGGCGUUGCGCUGAGCAAAGACCGGUCUUUUGUACUGGUAGCCGAGACAACCACUUGCAAGAUCCUAAGGCUUUGGCUCUCUGGUCCAAACGCGGGAACACAAGACGUCUUUGCUGAGCUUCCAGGUUUCCCUGACAACAUCAGAAGAAACUCAAAUGGAGAGUUCUGGGUCGCUCUUCACUCGAAGAAAGGUCUUUUCGCUAGGCUCUCGCUCUCUCAGGCCUGGUUCAGAGACUUGUUGCUGAGACUUCCGAUAAGUGGGCCGCGUCUGCACUCGCUGUUCACUGGAGGAAGACCUCAUGCGACGGCCUUGAAGCUGAGUGAAUCAGGAGAAGUUUUGGAGGUGCUUGAGGAUAAAGAAGGGAAGAGGUUGAGGUUUAUAAGCGAAGUGGAGGAGAAAGAUGGGAAGCUUUGGAUUGGUUCUGUUCUUAUGCCUUUUCUUGGUGUUUAUGAUUUGUAGUUUUCUACACUGUAAACCGACACGUUGUUAAGUAUGUCUAUGUGACUUAGCUGUGAUAAUAAUAUUUGAGUUGAUAAA